UGUUGUGUUCGGGAUCUCUGUGAGAAGAAAGAAGACGAGGAUUUCCUGGUUUUUUUGACAAUUCCACGCUUCCUCUGGCCCGCAGCAUUCAAUUCAUCUUCUCAGUUCGUCUUCAACAAAGAAGAUUGGCCUCCAGUUCUCUUCUCUCGUGUUGAAAACUGAAGGCGAGGAAAGUUAGAUGAAUAGCUUCAGAUAAAGCUUUACAAAAGCAGCCGAAAGAAGGAGGGCGAGAAAGGAAGGAGCUUGUAGAAGGGAGGUAUGGAGCCGGGGUCUGCAUCUAGCGAGGGGCAGAUAAAGGGAGUUCUCACUCAUGGCGGCAGGUAUGUGCAGUACAAUGUUUACGGCAACUUAUUUGAGGUCUCCACCAAAUACGUUCCCCCCUUGCGGCCUGUGGGCCGAGGUGCCUAUGGCAUUGUCUGCGCUGCAGUGAAUUCACAGACACGUGAAGAGGUUGCCAUUAAGAAGAUUGGCAAUGCAUUUGACAAUAGAGUUGAUGCGAAGAGAACUUUAAGAGAAAUAAUGCUUCUUCGUCAUUUGAAUCAUGAAAAUAUAAUUGGUAUCAAGGAUAUCAUCCGCCCUCCGAAAAGGGAAACUUUUAAUGAUGUCUAUAUUGUUUAUGAACUGAUGGAGACAGAUCUUCAUCAAAUUAUUCGCUCCAACCAGCCUCUAAAUGAUGAUCAUUGUCAGUUUUUCCUCUAUCAGCUACUAAGGGGUCUAAAAUACGUGCACUCUGCGCAUGUUUUACAUCGUGAUCUUAAGCCGAGCAAUCUGUUCUUGAAUGCGAAUUGCGACCUCAAAAUUGGAGAUUUUGGCCUUGCAAGAACGACAUCAGAAGCGGAUUUUAUGACAGAGUACGUCGUUACUCGUUGGUACAGAGCACCGGAAUUGCUCCUUAACUGUUCCGAGUACACUGCUGCCAUCGAUACUUGGUCCGUCGGAUGUAUUCUAGGCGAAAUCGUAACCCGAGAGCCAUUGUUUCCCGGAAAGGAUUACGUUCAUCAGCUUAGGCUAAUUACUGAGUUGAUAGGUUCCCCAGAUGACUCCAGUCUUGGGUUUCUUCGAAGCGACAAUGCCCGGAGGUAUGUAAGACAACUUCCACAUUAUCCAAAGCAGCAAUUUUCUUCAAGGUUUCCGAGCAUGUCUCCUGGAGCUAAGGAUUUACUUGAGAGAAUGUUGGUAUUUGACCCAAGCAAGAGAAUCACAGUCGAUGAAGCCCUUUCACACCCAUAUUUAGCUUCUCUUCAUGACAUAAAUGAUGAACCGAUCUGCCACACACCCUUCAAUUUCGAAUUCGAGCAACCGGCGGUGACAGAAGAAGACAUCAAAACGCUCAUAUACAGAGUGUCUUUGAACUACAACCCUGAUCCAGUCCACUAGAUUUACUACUCUUUAUGUAAAUGUUAUGACAGAUUUCUUAUUGUUAUGUUUUUUUCUCCUCUUAUGUAUGUGUGACUUAUGGGAAGUGGCAACAUCUAUUCAUCAUAUAUUGAGCUCUUGUUAUGUUAA